UUUAAAAAAUCAACUUCAUUGUUGGCGAACGUUCAAUUGCAUUCAUAGGAACUUAAUAAUUUUUUGCUCUAUUUAUUCGUAUAGUAACUAUAGUCACCCACAGGCCACAGCCCACAGUCAUAGAUAAUUAGUAAAUACAACGUAGGUAUAAUCAAUGACGAAUGUUUGGACGAAUCCAAGAUUAACGUCAUAAUUUUAAUAAGUAAAAUGAGUGUUUCGAUUGAGCUUAUUGUUUAUACCAAUAACACCCGUCGGUUAUCAUUAUCCGCCAAAACAAUACCAAUGUUAAUCGCUAUUCACUAUUACCUAUUUACCAGGCUACGAAUUAUGAUGCACAUAUUAUCUAAAUUUGAAAUCUUAUAAUUAUGUCCAAGCGAGUAACAAACGAUCGCCCUGAUUAUUCUGAUCCUACUGAUGAUAGUGAUGGCAGUGAUUUUGAUGAAGUGAAGAAGAAAACAAUAAUGGUUGGGAGCGAUUAUCAAGCACAAAUUCCUGAUGGAUUGUCCAAGUAUGGAGAUGAUCCACCAUACCAAAACGUUGAUAAACUUCUCUGGGAUCCUCAUAAUACAACUGAUGCAGUUAUUGCUGACUACCUACAUCAUAUUCAUCAAAUUUCCCACGGUUCAAAUAUAUUACCGAAAGGUAAGCAUGUACGAGAUGAUGAAAAUGCUUUAUUUUUACUUUUGCAAUGUGGGUUUAAUACUGAGGAAGCAUUACGCCGAGUUUCAUUAAAUGAUCAAAUGUUUGGUCGAAGAGCCAUGAUGGUGUGGUCAGAAGAAGAAUGCAAAAAUUUUGAAAAUGGUAUUCGCUGCUUUAAUAAAAACUUCUAUCUGAUUCAGCAGCACAGGGUUACUACAAGAACAGUUGGUGAACUUGUUCAUUUUUAUUAUUUAUGGAAAAAAACAGAAAGACAUGAUGUGUUUGCUAGCAAAGAACGACUUGAAAAGAAAAAAUAUGCUCUUCAACCCGGUAUUACAUUUUAUGAAGACGGAGAAAACUCUGUACUUAAUCAAAAGACAAAUCAAGUUGGAAAUUGUUUAAUUUACUGUGAUCCAAAACGGUUACAACGGAUGGAAACAUCAGGUGUGCAUGUCACUCUUGUGGAUAACUAAAGGGUUUGUUAAAAAUUAGUUAUUAUGUUAAUAAAUUUAAGUAUAAAUAAGACGUUCCUCUAACCAUUUACUGUAACUUUUAAGGUGAGGAUGUACUACAUUUCUAUCAAGUAUUAUUAAUAUUAUAUUUUCCAAAUUAUUAUGUAAUAUUUAAUGUUGAUGUGUUAAAAUGUUACCUGGAAUAGUGUUUUUAAGACGUCUUAGUAAUGAGCACAUGAAAGGCAAUUAUAAGUAAAAAAUACCUAACAGGGUAAAUCCAACAUAAUUGAAAAAUUAUAAUUUGUUUCUGAUGCAUUAAUUAGUUUGAAUAUUACCCUAAAUGAAUAGAAUACAGUUAGAAUAUUUCCUAUUGUUUUUAAUAGAAAAGUAAGCAAUAUUCAUUCUGAUUAUUAACUAAUUUGUUUAGUUAAUAUUGAGGAAUUUUAACUAAUAAUGUAACUAAUUAUAUAGUACACAUUUACUAAACGUUUUGAUAUGCCAGUUUUAUUGUAUAAAUGGUACGGUAAUUAAUAUUUUUUUAAAUAACAGUUAAAGAUAAAUAUCCAUAAAUGAUUUUAAUAUAUGAU